UUAAAAUGGUGACCAGGCCGUCGCCAUUUUCUGGUUACCAACAAAAUUUUACCUUUGCCGAAAAAUAGGUACAUUUUUUUUUGUCUGAGAGAAAAACAUGGAAUGCAAUUCGUUUACCGAGGCGGAAAUUUCAAAUUUGCAAAGAUUAAUCGACAGCGGCCAUAGCGGGUCAUUUACAGAAGAUGAAAUACGAGACAGCGAUAUUCUCUACUUUUCCCAAUUCGGCGACUUGCAGGGAACUGAAAAUGAUAAAAUAGAAAUUCUCCAAGGAGAUGACUCUUCUAACGCAAGCUCCAGUGUGACAUCAUCUGAAGAACUGACCCGAGCUUUAUCAGUUCUUCCUUCGACCUCUGACUAUUCGUUUACGGGAGCGGCCAGCAGCGCUACUGUCCCAGUGAAAACUGAAGCUUUUGGCAAUUAUGCUAUUGCCAAAUAUAAAGAAAUUAAUGGGAAAAGCAUCAGGGUCUUUGAAUGUGGAAUAUGUGGUAAAGAAUUUGGACAGCAGUACACCUUAAUCCGUCAUUUACCAACACAUACAGACGAGCGAAAUUUCCACUGCGAUCAUUGUGGAAAAUCUUUUCGGCAAAUGUCCACUUUAUCUCAACAUAAAGCGAUUCAUUCCGCCGAAAGACCGUACGUGUGCGAAGUUUGCAAUAAAACUUUUAAUCGUGUUUCCACGUUGAUUUCCCAUAGAAAAACCCAUACGGGCCUUAAGCCGCACCGGUGCCAUUUGUGUAAUAAAGCGUUUCACCAGAAAGGCAACUUAAGAAACCAUAUUUUUACUCACACGAACGAGCGUCCUUAUAAAUGUGAAGUAUGCGAGAAAGGGUUUAAUCAGAUGUCAAACCUUGUGUGCCAUAAAAUUAAGGCCCAUCAAUAUCGAAUGGAUGCCAUACAAAAGUAUCAAUGUAAAAUUUGCGGAGAAAACUUCUUAAAACGUGUUAAUUUACGAGAACAUGAGCAGGUCAGUCAUGGAACAGCUAACCAGCCUGGCAGAGAAUUAGUCAAUGCAAUCAUAGUCGAACCAAUCAAGACAGAAGCGAUGAAGAAAGCAAUGCUUACCGGAGAUACACCGUUCGCAUUGCUUCGGCCUUUAUCGGGUGUUCCAGUGCUGGUGCGGGUACUCCCGGCGGGACCGAAACAGCUUCUUGUGCCGGCUACAGCCGAAGAUCUGAAGAAGUUCAGUCAUAUUUCUAUUAAGGCUAAAGUGCCUGACGAGAAUCCUGAGAGUGAAAAUGACAUUAAAAUUGAAUCAAAAGGGUGUGUAGUUCAAAUUAAAGUACCCGUAGUAGCAACAGUUAUCCAGAAACUUGGUCCCAAUGGUUCCAACAAUCCGAUGACAAUUAUGAGUCCCGACCAUAAAGACGUUGUAGAUGAAAGAGGCGGUCCAUUAUUCGAUUUAAACACCGAUAGUUUCGUGUAUACUUCGACUUUUUCCUGCAACAUGGACAAUUAUGAAGAGAACGAGAAUAGCCUGGAAGCAUCCGCGUCUUCCAAUACGGUGGAUAAAUUUUCGUUCGCUGAGAAGUAUGAUCACUUGAUCGGUAAUAUUCAAGAUACCGGUGCUGAGUUUAUCGGGGAUGAACAUAUUGGUGGUGACUCUGAAAAGAUGUUGGAUGCAACCUUAGUAGAAUAUAACUUCGAUAUUCCACAAGAUGCCAGAGAUGAUCCCGCUUGUCCUCCUAGAACUUCGCAAGAAUCCCAACCAGUGGUCAAGGGACUUAGUAUGCCGGAUGUUUCUGAUCCGACAGAAUCAGAGAGUUCAGCUCAGCCCUCAAAAACAAACUUAUCAAAUAAAAUAAUUAUUGAAAACGACGGGGAAUUUAUUGAAUUGCCUGCUCUUGUUUGACAUAAAAUAUUAGGAAAUUUGAUUUUAUUGAAUGCUGUUUUGAUUCUUGUUUCACUUAUGGUAAUUUUUUUAAGCACCGUGUUAAAUAUAAGGCAUUUAAAGUCACAAUUGUCCUAUUAAUUGUGUUUUGAAAUUAUUUAAUGUUUGUUUAUAUAGUAAUAUAUGUAUUGUAAAUUUU